AUGCUGGCCGUCGAGCCGUCCCCAACGGGCGAUGGCGGCGGCUCCUCAGCCGAAGAAGAAGCCGAAGAGCCUGCGUCGACUGCUGGCGGCGCGACAGAGGUCGGCGAUCCGCCGUCCGCCGAAAAGGCGGCGGCGGAGAAGAUGGCGGCCGAGCUUCCGGCGCAGCUCGGCGAGGGGGAGGCGCAGGCGGAACGGGCGGCGGCGGAGGCGCCGCCGGGUGAAGCUGCUGGCGCGGGGCCUGAGCGGAGGAGGGGCUGGAGCUGGUUUGCAUGGUGCUGCGGGGGCGAGGCGGAGGAAGAGGCCGCAGAGGAGGCGGUCGGGGAGCCGGCGCCGAGGGCGGACGGGCGGCUGGGCGCCCCUGCGGCGGUCGGUCGGGAGUCGGAGGGGCGCGGCGAGCGCAAGGUCGCGCGGCUCAAGUCUCAGCUCGAGGCGGAGCGAGCCGCCGCCGCUGCCCUCCGCUCGGCAAGUGCAGAGGCGCAGGCGCGGCUCGAGCGGCUGACUGCGUCCGAGGAGAGGGCGGCGGCGGAGGCUGCUCGGCUCGAGGCUGCGGAGGCGGCCGCCGCUGAUGCUUCCGCGCGCUCUAGCUCUGAGCUCGCCGCGGCCAGGGCGGCGGCGGAGGCGGCGGAGGCGGCGGCGGCGCAAGCGGCAGCGGAGGCGGCGGCGGAGGCGGCGGAGGCGGCGGCGGCGGCGGCGGCGCAGCUCGAGUCGGAGGCAGCGAGCAGGCGAGAGGAGGGGGAGAGGCGGGCGGCGGAGCUCGACGCGGCGCGGAGGGAGGCGGAGGCGGGCUCGGAGCGGGUCGCUGCUCUCGAGUCGUCUCUCGCCGCGGCGGAGCGGGCGCGCGGCGAAGAGGCGGUGCGGGCGGGCGCGGCGGAGGAGGCGGCGGCCGCGACAGCCACGGCGGCCGAGGCGGCGGCGGCCGAGGCAGCCGCUGCUGCGGCCGCGGCGGCGGCCGAGGCGGCUGCGCUGAGUGCGCGUGCUGCGAGCGCCGAGGGCGCCGCUUCCGCCGCCGGCUCUGAGGCGGAGUCUGCUCGCGAGGCGUGCCGUGUGCUCGAGGAAGAGGUGGCCCGCGCCGCGGCAGAGGCGGAGGCGGCGGCGGCGGCCGUGUCUCGCGCGAGCGGCCAGCGCGACGCUGCGGAGGAGGCGGCGGCGAGGGCAGCGGCGCAGGCGGAGGAGGCGCGCUCCGGGCUCGAGGCGGCGCGGCGCGAUUGGCGCGUCGAGCGAGACGCGCUCUCCGCCUCUCGCGACGAGGCGGAGGACGCGAUGCGGCGGGCGAGUGCCGCGGCCGCGGUGGCUGCCCUGCGCAUCGAGGCGGGCGUGCUCGGAGUGCAGGCGGCCGCCCUGCGCAGGUACGCAGGCGCCUACGUGAGCCGACGCCACCGCUCGGCAGCGGCGACCGCCGGCUUCCGCGAGCUCUGCGCGCUGAUGCCGCACUUGAGCGAGGCGGUCUGCGCCGGCGUGGCGCCCGACUCGGAGCCGGCUGCCUCGCUCUUCGAGGGCCGCGCCGUCGUCGCUCGCAGCUGGCGCAGGCUCGCCGCGAUCGUGCGGCCACUUCCGCCCGAGUGGCGGCUCGCGUCCAAGGCGGCCGCCGCUCUGGUGACGGCGUGCGAGGGCCACGCCGAGGCGGCCGCAGCACUCUCCGACAGCAUCGACCCGGCGGGCGCCCCGUUAGGGAGGACGCCGGCGGUGAGCCCACACCGUGCGGCGGCUUGCGCGGCGCGGGCGGUCGACACGGUCGCGGCGGAGCUGCAAGGCUCGCUGUUGGCGCCGGGGCGUGCAGUCGAGUGGCUCGUGAGCGCUGGCGCACUGGCCGCGCGACUGCCCCAGCCCGAGCCCGCCGAUUGA